GUUUAGCGCUUCCGCUUCCGGUCACGUCCAUGGGAGCGACGGUAGACAGCCAUAAACAUCGUGAAUUCAUCUGGUAGUUAUAUGGGCUUGUCUUCUGGAACAUGGAGCUGUACGCCGCAGGCGCUUUAGGUUUAGAACGGCAUGAUUCGCUAUAGUUAAGGUUAUUCAGAGUAAAGCCGUCGCUGGGUACGGACUGCGGGUCCGCUAGCGAAGCUUUGAAGUGUCCGUCAUUUGCUGUAUAUCUGCACAUAAAUCAGUGGAGAAGCCAAGUCCUUCGCGUAGCGAUGCAGGGAGAAAGCACCACUGUCCGAGUGUCGGAGGCUGAGGGGAAGGUGGAGGCGCACACGCAGAGCCGGACGUCAGGCUCCGGGAGAGCAACUUCCCGAACCUGGCAGUACAGUGAUCACAUGGAAAACAUCGAUGGUUACCUGAUGAAGUACACCAACCUGGUGACUGGAUGGCAGUAUCGGUUCUUCGUGCUGAACAAUGAGGCGGGGGUGCUGGAGUACUUUGUGAAUGAGCAGUCCCGGCCCCAGAAGCCCCGUGGGACGCUCGCCCUGGCGGGGGCCGUCAUCUCCCCCAGCGACGAGGAUUCGCACACCUUCACUGUCAACGCUAUCAGUGGAGAGCAGUACAAGCUGAGAGCCACCGACGCUAAGGAGCGGCAGCAUUGGGUGAGCCGGCUGCAGAUCUGUACGCAACACCACACGGAGGCCAUGGGGAAGAACAAUGCUUCUCUAAAGGCACGUAGCUUCUCCAUGGCCUCCCAGGGCAGCGCCAACUCGCCCCUGUCCCAGCGCAGGUCGACGCAAAACGCUGCCGCCUUUCUGAACAUCUCCCAGCUCAGCAGGGCCUCCUCCCUGUGCUCCAGCAGGAGGUCCCUGCUGCCCGACCACCUGGUGGACGCCCGUGAGAUGAUGACCCAGGCACAGGGCCAGCACAAGGACCUAAUCCAGACCAUCGAGGGCCUGCCUGCAGCACCCGGCCUGUCCCCGCUGGACCAGGACCUGCUCAUGCUGAAGGCCACGUCCAUGGCCACCAUGAACUGCCUCAACGACUGUUUCCACAUCCUGCAGCUGCAGCAGGUCGCCCGACAGAGGCGACCCCCGGGCGGUCCCACCAUUGAGUGGCUGGAGCCCAAGCUGCCGGAUCUCCUGAAGAAUGGUACCAGUCUGCCCAGUUUGGCGGCCGCCGACGGCAAGACAGAUGGCGGGCCGCUGGAGCGCGUCACCGCAGAGUCCCAGGACUGCGUCGGGGCUUUGGAGGACAUAAACCCUGAGGAUGAGGUGGAGGACACCUUCACAGAUCAGGAGGAUGACCUGGGGGCAGUCGAGGAGGAGCGCAGUGUCAUUCUGCACCUGCUAUCUCAGCUCAAGCUGGGCAUGGACCUCACCCGGGUGGUCCUGCCCACCUUCAUUCUGGAGAAGCGUUCCCUCCUGGAGAUGUAUGCUGACUUCUUGUCCCACCCGGAGCUGUUCUUGGCCAUCACGGACGGCAGCACCCCCGAGGACCGCAUGUUGCGCUUCAUCAAGUAUUACCUCACCUCCUUCCAUGAGGCCAGGAAGGGUGCCAUCGCCAAGAAACCUUACAACCCCAUCAUCGGCGAGACCUUCCACUGCUCCUGGCGGCUGCCCUGCUCCCAGUCCAGCAGCACCAGCACCUCCCGUGUCGGCCUUCAGGGCGGAGUUCCCGAGUCUUCAGACUUCUACCAAGUGCAAUUUGUGGCGGAGCAAGUGUCCCACCAUCCACCCAUCUCUGGCUUUUAUGCAGAGUGCCCCGAGAAGAGGAUGGCUGUCAACGCCCAUGUCUGGACCAAGAGCAAGUUCAUGGGCAUGUCCAUCGGGGUCUCCAUGGUGGGGGAAGGCUGCCUGUACCUCCUUGAUUACGACGAGGAGUACACCUUCACGCUUCCCUCGGCCUACGCCCGCUCCAUCCUCACCGUGCCCUGGGUGGAGCUGGGCGGGAAGGUGAACGUCAGCUGCGUCAAGACGGGCUACUCGGCGGCCAUCACCUUCCAGACCAAACCCUUUUACGGAGGGAAGCUUCACAGGGUCACCGCCGAGGUGAAACACGGCCCCAGCAAUGCGGUGGUGUGCCGCGUGCAGGGCGAGUGGAACGGCACGCUGGAGUUCAGCCACGUUAACGGCGACACGCACACAGUGGAUGUCACCAAGCUGCCCGUGACCCGGAAGUGGGUUCGACCCAUCGAGCAGCAGGGACCCUUUGAGUCCAGGCGCCUGUGGCAGCACGUGACGGAGGCGCUGCGUCUCAAAGACAUCGAAAAGGCAACGGAGCACAAGCGCCUCCUAGAGGAAAGGCAGAGGAGCGAGGAGAGAUGUCGGGUGGAGACGCAGACUGCAUGGAGGACGAGGUAUUUUCACAGUGAGGGCGAAGGCUGGGUGUAUCACAAUCCGCUAUGGAGAUCCGUCGGCACAGACCUCUGAGGAACAGCGGGUCCGCCACUCCCUCCGUGCCCCGAGAUUCAGCCGAUAGCCGCAAGUGGUUCUUUCUGUUUUUUCGAUGGUUAUGGCAAACCUCCUCUGUUCGCGAAAUAUGCUAGCAGCUCGCGCCUUGAGCGGAGAGAGACGGGCACGUGUGCGUCACCUCUCGGAGCAUUUAGGCGGCCUGGAAAGAUGCAUAUUUUGUAACGUUUGAUUGAUACUUUUUGUAAAAAUAGCGUUUUAAUGGUCUACGGAUCGUAUGUGUACUCUUGUAAAUAUAGAUUCUCCACUGAUGCUGCCUUACCACAGACGGAUGCUGGCAGCAGAGCAUUUGAUCAGGUCUGGCUUGGAUCGGGGAUCUGGACAAGGUGUUAUGUUAUCAGGGAGCCUGAGCACAUGAUGCCGUACCUUUAGAAGUCCAGGCCUGCAGUGCAAUUGUACCUCGCCUCCACCCCAGUUCCUAGAACCUUUUAACUAUACAACACAGGAGCUUAAUUACCUUCAUGGAAACACUGCCUGAGCGUUUCUGUAGGAGUCCAGGCGCAGGCUGGAUGUGGCCAAUAUCUGUUACAUCCACAAAAUUCGUUGGUUUUCUCAUGGUAGCAAUAAUAUCCAUGUCAACCCGACAGGCUCUCCUCAGAGAGUGGCCCAUUCUUCUGAACAUUAAAUGGUGAUUGUAGGCUGUGGCAUCGUCACUGGUUUCUGAUGUAGAGAGCUAUGACGAAUCAUUUGAUUCUCAUGUUUAUCUGAUGGUGGGGUGGGGUGGGAAAGGGUGGGGUGGGGAGGUGUCUUCUGUAUCUUGUUUGAUUUACCGUUUGUGACCAUUCCAAGGACAAAUUAGUUUUGAGGGAUUGUUAGGAACACGUCAAGUCUUCUGAGAAACUCUGUAGCUUGAGAAACCUGCCAGCUGAUUCGUAUUUGAGUGACUUAACUGGGAUUUGACUCAAUUGCGUCGUUUUUUUUUUUUUUUUUGUCCAUCAGUCAGACAUGUAGGAAUCGGAAAGGUUGACAGGCUGAACUGUAGGACAUGCAGCUCAAUGGGAGGUUAUGGCCAUAGUUCUUUCCUCUGUUCAAGCCCCAUCUCUUCACUAAAUUCCCGCUUCUCCUGUACAGUAAGAAUAUCCACCGGUGUGGACAGGAGAGAAUCAGUGCUCAGCCUCUCAACCCAGCAGUCAAAUUCUUAUUCCCCAACCGAUAGUCAAUUCUGCACAUGUGUGUUUGCUCUAAAUCCAUAAGCUUUUUCCUCUUCAGUGUGGUGCCUUAAGCUACGUUGUUCUUUUGGAUGCGUCUUCCAUUUCACCCACAUCUUCAAGCCGUCUCAAGUACCAGUCAUCGCUGUGAAUGGCUUAUAUGCACAUAUUGUAUCCUGAUGGUUUACUUGAUCCCUGAAAAGACGGCCCGGUUGUCUGCUCUGCGAUCCGUUGAAUCCAGUGGGGCCGAGGGAACCCUCUCAGGGUGAUGAAGAUGGCUGUCCACAGGAGGCCCCCGGGGGCCACAUGAGCUACAUUGUGGAUGGAUUCUGUACACAUUGCUGACCUGUGAAAUGCACUGACAUGCAAUUUAAUGGCAACUCCUUGUAGACGUAGAUAAGUGUGUUAAUGAAUGAAUAAAUAACUACUAAUCAAUUUGUUUA